AUGUACGUUGUCAAAACCAUCUGUUUUCUCUCCAACGUGGCCAUUGAGAUCGCAGCCCAGAAGUCAUUUUUCAUCUCUUUUGAUUCGCCUGUCUGUGUGGUAAAAUUUUGCCUAAGAAUACACUGUAGUUUUUGCGAUUCAGUUACGCACUGCAAGUGUGCAGAAAUUUCUGAUUCAUCAUUUAAAGAAUUUCAGAAUGCCUCUGGUUUUCUGUGGAGUUGUGACAGUUGUCAGGAUCAAGUUGAGACUGUUAAAUCCUGUAAGAAAUUGAGUGAUUUAGCUGAUGAUAUAAAGAAAAUUCAGGACUGCAACAGCACAAUCAACGCUCAGAUUAAAGAUAUCAAGGCAAGGGUUCAUGAAAGAACAACUGAUGGCAAAAUGAGUAUACUUCAAGAUAAUCUUAGUAAGUCAUUCGCUGAAGCGUUGAAGAAUAUGGUUGCUAAAAAUAAUGAUAUUCUUGUUAAUAAAAUGGAAGCACUUCAAGUGGAUUUGAAAAAGUCAUAUUCUGAUGCUUUAAAAGUCAAUCUUAGUAAAUCGUUUGCUGAUGCGUUGAAGGGCAUGGUUGAUAAAAAUAAUGAUGAUCUUGUGGGAAAAAUGAAUUCAUUUCAAGAGGAUUUGAAAAAGUCAUAUUCUGAUGUUUUGAAAGGUGUUGUUGUUGACAACGUUGUUAAUGCUAAUGAUAAAAUGGUGAAUAUAAAUGAUGGCAUACAAUUGUUAAAGAUUGAACUUUUGGUAACAAAAGAUACUAUAAAAUCCCUCAGUGAGGCAGAAGAAAGAUCUUGCAACAUAAUAAUUUUUAAAUUAAAAGAAAGUAAUGACCAGAGUUUCAGUGAUGGUAAACGACAAGAUGUUGAAAGAAUUGCCCAUAUUUUGCAAACAAUAAUUAAUGAUAAAAUCGAUAAAUCAAGUAUAAUAAAACUAAAGGCUAGGCAAGAAAUUGGAUAA